AUGCAGAAGAGAGGCCAAGUGGGCCUCGCCAGGCCAAAACUGGGCUUCGAAGGUCACACCUCCCACCCCUGCGUCCUCUGGAAGACGCACAGUCGGUUUCGAAAAGAGCUUGGUAUGCCGGGUCCAGAGGCUCGCAGACCCCGCCGCCCCUCCCGCCCAGCGGACCCAAAAGACUACAGCCCCCAGAAUGCCGCGCGACCGUCGGCUCGGCCCGGCGCGCGUGCGUGGUGGCGCAGCCGAGCGCUGACAGGGGCAGAGCCGCGCGAGUCAGAGCAGGGUUGGCACCGUGGAGGCGACGGCGCGCGGCGGUGGGGCAGCUGGACAUCCCCCGCAGGGCAGGUGAGUGCCGAGCGAGAGGCUGGUGGCGACCCGCUGGGUCUGCAGGGCCCGGCGCCCACACAUGCACCCCUGGUGGAGACGCGGGGGCUAUGGAGAGACCGACUGACGCACGGACUGGCAGAUGGACGAGCAGAGAAGCCGGGAGGCGCUGCCGCGCGGGCCGGCCGGGCCCUCGCUCGUCAGGCGCACAGGGUGGGGGUCUAG